UGAGGUGGGUGGGCAUAUGUCUCCCGCUUUCUGUCUCUCUUUCUGCGCCAUAUAAGAGUGGAUCUGUGAUGGAGACCCCGUCACAUCGCAUUUCACUUUUACGCCGAGGAGAUGAGCACACGGAUAGUGAUCCCUAACCCGGCCAUGAAACUAAUAGUGCUCUUCACAGCUUCUCUUUCCUGGGCCUUUCAGCAACAAGCUGUGCCGCCAAAGUACCAGUACAGAGACCCUGUGACAUCCAACCUGUUACUUUGCGACCAGUGCCCUCCAGGCACAGCAGUGAAACAACACUGCACUGCCGACACCCCCACUGAGUGCCAGCCCUGUCCUGAGAGACACUUUGCUGAAAAUUGGCACUGGGGGGACACAUGCCAAUAUUGUACCUCGGUGUGUAAAGAGAGGCAGCUAGUGAAACAACAGUGCAACAGCACUCAUGACCAGCUGUGUGAGUGUGCUCCAGGUUUUCACCUAAAGGUGGAGUUCUGUAUUGGUCACACUGCCUGUCCACCCGGCUAUGGAGUGACAGCUUUAGGUACACCAGUGAGUGACACUGUGUGUGAACGUUGCCCUGAUGGUUAUUUCUCUACUGGCGGUUCCUCCACCGAGCCAUGUCAGCCCCAGAAAAACUGCUCAGAUUUGGGGCUGAAAACGCUGCAAUGGGGCACAUCCACUUCAGACACCCUCUGUGACUCUCAGGACAAAAAGCCAACACCGGACUGCUCACAUCAUCACACUCUGUGUCAUACUGAUGUGACUCUUUGUGAGGAGGCAGUCUUCCAGUCACUAGCAUCACUGCGGCUCUCCUCGAUGCCCCUGGAGCGACUGCUGGAGAGUCUCCCUGGACAGAAGGUGGAUCCUAAGAGCCUGGAGAGGCUGAAGAAAGCCUGCUCUCCCCAGCAGCAGGUCCUGCAACUGCUCCGACUCUGGAGGAAGCAAAACAAGGACCACGACAAGAUGUAUGGCAUCAUACAAGGUGUGAACCACUGUGAGAGAAAGGUCUCUCGCUGCAACCACCUAAAAAACCUGACCCUUGCUGAUCUGGUGAAAGUAACCAACAGUCUGCCAGGGAUAAAAAUUCAGGAACAGGAUGUCCAGGCUGUUGUCUCUUCCUGUCCAUCCAGGCUGUACAUCUUGCAGAUUCUCCACCUCUGGAAAACGGCAAACUACAACCUGGAUCUAGCAAAUAGUAUGUCUCAGAGUUUGAAGGUGCUGCGCAGUCAGGGGGCUCCACCAUAUCUGCUGAAAGGCCUCAAGAAGAUCAGCCGCAUCAUAGGGACCACCUCGGCUCCCAGGAUGUAUAAGAUGUUUGCUAACAUGCUCCAGCGGGAGUCGUGUUUUAAAGCUCAUAAGCAAUUAAAUGAAUGAGUCUGCAGCUUAACUAAAUACUAAUGCUCUGUUGAAUAGAGAACACAAAAAGACAUAGCAGACAUGAGUCAGAUAAGAGUGUAAAGGUGGAUUUAUACUCGCACAGCAUCUGCGUUUGCGUCACCUCCGUAGACGCUGUGUAGAUCCGCAGAGGCUUGACGCGCAACACUUCCAGACCUGACGUGUACCCUUGCUACGCAGACGGUUACACAGAGGUACUCCCUUGCGAUUGGUCACAAUCGAUCAUGUGUUGCCGCAUAUCUGGAUCUUCUCACUAAAUUUGUGUGGUAACCACCGUUUUUUAAAAAUCAAUAACCAGUGGAUCAAGUUGAUGACCCCCGUACGCUCAAGUGCAAGAGCAAACUCACCAGCGUCAGCUACGUCGUAGCCAACCGCACGCAGGCGCCGCACGAGUAUAAAUCCACCUUAACAUUUAAAAGCCAAUUAUAUCAAGCUAUGCAUUUAGACAUGUUUAUGUAUAAAUGUAACAUGGGAAGGUAAACUCAUCUUUGCCUCUCUAAAUUUCUAUUAAUAAUCAUUUUUAGAUUAAACAAGGUUACAAGGAAUGCUAAUAUCUGGAGGGGUUAUAUUCGCGCAGCGUUUGUGUGCGUUCGGCUAUGGGGUAGCUGAUGCUGGUGAGUUUGCUCUCGUACUCAAGCGUAUGGGGUACACGUCGUUUUGGUGUCGUGCUGCAGUUUCUUUCACAGAGCUAUGCGGCACCUACGAUGGUGACGCAGACGCUGCGCGAGUAUAAAUCCGCCUGGGAAGGGGGGGGUAUCACAUGCCUGGUGUAUUCACACUCCUGUUUUCCUGAUACCUUUUGACCAGAGUCUGUGAAGAAUUAAAUACUAUUUAAGAUGUAAAUAGGACAUUGUUUUAUGGAAGAUAGGCUGACAGAUUCUGUAUUUUUAUUAGUGCUUUCUCGCUGUUUGAGAACAAAGGUUUGAUUUCAUAAUGAAAUACAUAUAUUUUCUUUGACUGUGCAUUGUUGGUUUGUUUGUUUUGGACUGCUGAUUAGUAAAGCUCAUCUAUGUUUUUUUGCUUAUUUUCUUUUUGUGAGUUGUAAGAAUGUACAAAGGAGUGCAAUUGUUUGUUUGUUUUUUUUAUUUAAAAUAUAAUUUUACUUCCUGAACAUUUAAAAGCUUGUGUUUAUUACUUUUAUCAGAAAUACUGGAUUCCAAAUGCUGCAAGUUCAUGAACUGAUAUUUUAUUAUAUUUGGUUUUAUUACUUUUAUAUUAUAAAUGUAUGAUCUGUAUUAAAUGUAUGCCUGUCCUCUUUUUAAGCUGGUGUAACUAAGUUGUGAUGCCAAAUGAUCGUACUAAAUUCAUUUUGUAAAAAUGCUUUGUUUCCUUAAAAAUUAGCAAUGAAUGGUUUACUGUCAUUUGAAUCUCACCCAAAAGAAAAAAAAAGGGGGGGUGGUGACAUUCAAAAGGUUCUGGCUUCCUUUGACGUUAAAAAAAAAAAAGAAAAAACAAAAUGAACUGAUAGAGCUAACUCUAUGCUCAGGUACUGGUCAAGGUUAGAAAAAAUGAAC